CUUUUCACCGGAAGCAGCUUCAACCAAUCGCUCGGCUCCUUGUUGGGAUGUGCCGCUGCUCACAUUUGUCGGAGGUUCAUUGAGGCAACAUGUCUUCAACAGAAGCUAACAACGGCCCGAGCCAAACCCCGGCUUAUCCGGCCGUACCGCCCUCAACAAUACCUCCUCCAUAUAUGGGACCACCAGGAAUACCUCCUCAUUUUGCUCCAAUGGGAAUGCCCCCUAUGGGUCAGCGACCCCCCAGCAUGACUCCAAUGCCACCUGGUAUAAUGCCCCCUGGCAUAAUGCCACCGAUGGCAGCCCCACCAAUGGGACAGAUGCCAGGCAUGUUGCCACCUAUGAUGCCAGGAAUGAUGAUGGCUCCUCGCAUCCCAGCUGCGACUGUACAGCCAACGGGACCGCCUGGUGUCGAUUCAACAGUUGCUGCACCGGGAACUACUACCGCCACAAAUGGAUCUUCGCAGGAAGAACAACCAAAAAAGAAGUCCGUUUGGACAGAACAUAAAUCGCUGGAUGGGAAAACAUAUUAUUACAACACAGAAACCAAACAGUCCACAUGGGAGAAACCUGAUGACCUUAAAUCUCCUGCAGAGCAACUGUUGUCUAAAUGCCACUGGAAGGAGUACAAGUCAGACACGGGGAAGCCUUAUUACUACAACUCUCAAACGAAGGAAUCCAGAUGGACCAAACCCAAAGAGCUGGAGGAUCUGGAAGCUAUGAUCAAAGCAGAGGAGAACGGAACGGCAGAGGCGGCAGCCGUGGCGCCGGGAACUGCUGCUACUCCUACAGUGCAAACAGACAACACGACUACGUUGGCCGCCGCAACAGAGGUGGAGACAACCGCUGUAGCAACGGCGGCGGCGGCGGCUGCUGCAGUCGUCUCAGAGGAGCUCCCGUCCCAGGUGACCGUGCAUCCAGCAGCUGAGGUUAAGACCACAGAUGCACCUGCGGUUUCCACCGAGAGUUCAGCUGUGACAGAGAGUACAGCCAGUGUUAAGGUUACUAAAGAAGAGCCGCCGGAACUCCAGAAGAAAACGUACAAAUGGAACACCAAGGAGGAGGCCAAGCAGGCUUUCAAAGAGCUGCUGAAGGAAAAGGGUGUUUCAUCAAACUCCUCUUGGGAGCAGGCCAUGAAACUGAUUAUCAACGAUCCUCGCUACAGCGCGCUUCCCAAGCUGAGUGAAAAGAAGCAGGCCUUCAACGCCUACAAAGUUCAAACUGAAAAGGAAGAAAAGGAGGAGGCUCGGAUUAAAUACAAGGAGUCCAAAGAGACCUUUCAGAGAUUCCUGGAAAACCAUGAAAAGAUGACGUCCACCACCAGAUACAAGAAAGCGGAGCAGAUGUUUGGAGAGCUGGAAGUGUGGAGCUGCGUUCCUGAGAGAGACAGACUGGAGAUCUAUGAAGAUGUGCUCUUCUUCCUCGCUAAAAAGGAGAAAGAACAAGCCAAGCAGCUAAGGAAGAGGAACUGGGAAGCUCUGAAGAACAUUCUGGACAACAUGGCCAACGUCACGUACCGCACCACGUGGUCCGAGGCGCAGCAGUAUCUGCUCGACAAUCCUACGUUUGCAGAGGACGAAGAGCUGCAGAAUAUGGACAAAGAGGACGCCCUCAUUUGCUUCGAGGAGCACAUCCGGGCCCUGGAGAAGGAGGAAGAGGAGGAGAAGCAAAAGACUCUUCUCAGAGAAAGAAGACGGCAGCGAAAGAACAGGGAGUCCUUUCAGAAAUUUCUGGACGAGCUCCAUGACCACGGUCAGCUGCACUCCAUGUCCUCCUGGAUGGAGAUGUACCCCGCCCUCAGCUCCGACAUGCGCUUCGCCAACAUGCUGGGACAGCCUGGUUCCACUCCCUUGGAUCUUUUCAAAUUCUACGUAGAAGACCUAAAAGCUCGUUACCAUGACGAAAAGCGAAUAAUUAAAGAUAUCCUCAAGGACAAAGGCUUCAUGGUGGAAGUGAACACCAGCUUUGAUGAUUUCGGAUCAAUCAUCAGCUCCGAUAAGAGAGCCGCCACACUGGACGCAGGAAACAUAAAGCUGGCCUUCAACAGUCUGCUGGAGAAGGCUGAAGCCCGAGAGCGGGAGCGGGAGAAGGAGGAGGCCCGCAAGAUGAAAAGAAAAGAAGCGGCUUUCAAAACCAUGCUGAAGCAAGCCACUCCACCCCUGGAACCAGAGGCAUUGUGGGAGGGAGUCAGGGAGCGGUUUGUGAAAGAGGCGGCCUUCGAGGACAUCACUCUGGAGUCGGAGCGGAAAAGAAUCUUUAAAGAUUUCAUGCACGUUUUGGAGCAUGAAUGUCAGCAUCACCACUCCAAGACGAAGAAGCACUCGAAGAAGUCCAAGAAGCACCACAGGAAGAGAUCCCGCUCCCGAUCGGGCUCCGAGUCUGAGGAAGAGGAGUACCACAAGAAGAAGAAGAGGUCUCAAUCCAAAUCUCCAUCAGAGCGAUCAACCAGCGGAGAGUCUGCAGAGAGGAGCUACAAGAAAUCCAAGAAGCACAAGAAGAAGGGCAAGAAGAGGCGUCACAAGUCUGCCUCCCCGGAAUCUGACAGCGAGAAGAAGACCAGAGAACGCGAAGGAAAGCGGGAAAAGGACGCAGAGAAGGAGAAAGAGGACAAAUCCAGAGGGAAAUCCCGUCCAGACUCCAAACAGAAAUCUCCUAAAAGGAAAGCGGCUAAGGAAGAGCAGGGCGGCUGGGAUACAUCUGGCAGUGAGCUGAGUGAAGGAGAGCUGGAGAAAAGGAGAAGAACCUUACUGGAGCAGCUGGAUGCUCCUUAACCUGCCGGACCGGAGAAACCCUUCCGGUUUCUGGGAAUGUCCCACACUGAUCUGACUUGUGCAUUUUCAGACUAAUUCAUAGCAAGAAACUCAAUUGAAAAAUUUUCACUUGUUAGCAUUUUACUUUAGCGGUUGUAGUCGUCCAUGUUUUCAUUGUUUUUGUUUUUUUAAUUAAAGCAUAUCAUAAAGUCAAGUUGUCCUUUCAACCAGUUUGUCAAAACAAUGUCGUCUUAAGAAAUGCCAACUUUUUUAAUAGAGGAAGUGCAUUAAAUAAAAUCUUUAACUUGAAAUGCUAA